AUGAUGGACAAUAGCAGCAACUGUGAAGAAUCUCAAUAUUUUGAUGCGGUAGAUCAGAUUAUUGAAGAACCGGAGUUGUUCUGUGAUGAUUUCCCAUUUAUUACAAACAGGGAGUAUGAUGUGUGGAUCCAUGCUCCUCAAAGUGUUAAAGAGCGCCGUAGGGAGUUUGUUCGGUUGAUGAGGCUCGAUUCGGGUGAGUUUGAAAGAGAGAAUUCUGCAGAGAUAUGUGAAACUUCCAAAGAUGCUCCUUUUGACAUAGGAGACAGUCGCAGAAUUAUGGAGACUAGUGGUGCCGUACUAAGAUUUCCUGAGGAUGAAUUUUCGUCGAGUCGUUGGAAUACCGAGGAUUUAGGUUUGAGGGAGUGUAGGAAUGGGAAUUCAAAUUUUAACGGUGUAAAUGAAUGUAUUGAUGAUGGGACUGUGGAAAGGGGGCAAUUCGAGAGUUCCUCUCGGUUUUCUCCCUCGGUUGAGCAAUUUGUACUGAGGGAAAUCAAGGACAAUGCAAGUGCAACCAGAAUGGAGAACAAAUCGAAAACUAGUUGGUUGAGAAAAUUGCGUUUAAUGACUUGCAUGGCGGGCCGGAGUGAUUUUAGCCGAGUUUAUGAGACGAGGAUACAAAAGAUUAGGGUUCGACACAGCUGGAGAAGGUCGAAAGAAUUUUCAGCCCUUUUCACCGGGCAAGAUAUCGAGGCCCACAAAGGGGCAAUUGUGGCGAUGAAAUUUAGUCUGGAUGGCAAGUACUUAGCUAGUGCUGGUGAAGAUAAGAUUGUCAGAAUCUGGCAAGUGGUGGAGGAUGAGAGAUUAAAUAUGGAUGAUAUCGACAUUCCAGAUUUAGAUCCAUCUUGUGUGUAUUUUUCGGCAAAUAAUCUGUCAGAAACGGGACCUCUCACUGUGGAAACCGAUAAAAUAAGUAAAUCCAAGAGCAGUGGUUUCAGAAGAAUGCGAGAGUCAGCAUGUGUUGUAUUCCCUCCAAAGGUUUUCCGGAUUCAUGAAAAGCCACUGCAUGUGUUUGAGGGGCACGAAGGGGAAAUCUUGGAUCUUUCGUGGUCACAUGAUAAUUGUUUGCUUUCAUCGUCAGUUGAUAAAACCGUUCGUUUAUGGCGGGUUGGAGUUGAUCAUUGCUUAAAGGUGUUUCUGCAUAGCGAUUAUGUGACCUCAAUACACUUUAACCCGGUGAACGAUGAUUGCUUCAUCAGUGGAUCCAUUGAUGGGAAGGUCCGGAUUUGGGCGAUUGGUGAUUGCAAAGUUGUAGGCUGGACAGAGAUAACAGACAUUAUAACUGCUGUUUGUUACAGACCUGAUGGUCAGAGUGGUAUGAUUGGCUCUAUUACUGGGACCUGCCGGAAUUUUGACUUAUCAGAUAAUCACUUCCAGUUGGGAGCUCAGGUGUGUAUAACCAGUAAGAAGAAGUCACCCAGCAAACGAAUAAUGUCCUUUCAGUUUUCACCACGAGACCCAAGCAAAAUAUUGGUCACUUGUGCGGAUUCUAAAGUCAGAGUUAUCGAUGGAGUGAAUGUGAUUGGGAAGUACAAGGGCCUCCGAAAUGGUGGAAACCAAAUCUCGGCAUCGUUCACUUCCGAUGGGAAGCACAUCAUCUCAGCAUCUGAUGACUCCAACAUUUACAUAUGGAACUACACUUCUGCCCAAUCCAUAUCCAAACCCAAAACCAUUAGGUCCUUCGAGUGUUUCUUGUCCGAGGCCUCCAUUGCCAUACCCUGGCCCGGCCCAAAAUCCAGUUGGUCCGAUUAUUUCUCCCUCAGCCACGAAUACUUCCACAACCCUCUUUCCAAAGGCUCUGCAACUUGGCCUGAGGAGAAACUUCCUGUCACAACUCUCACAAAAUCACAGUACAAACUCUUCAAGAAUUCCUGCCAGACCUCGUCUGGAUCCCACGCUUGGGGCCUCGUGAUUGUGAGCGCCGGACUUGAUGGGCGGAUCAGAUCGUUUCACAAUUAUGGUUUGCCGGUCUCCCUUUAA